GACAGCGGCGGCACGACGCGCAUUCCGAGUCCGGACGUCGUCGUGUGUACACGUAUCAAGACUAAUACGAGAACACAAAACACGAUUUCGCGAGUGUUUGGUUCGGUUUGUGUUUCAGUGACGAGCUUUUGACAACACCUGAAAAGCAACGCGACGAAAGCUGUAAGUGUCGUCCUCGGUCCGGAUGAAACCCCCGCCAAUGAAGAUAAAGGCCAGGCCUGACGGCCCUAUGAUGACCAUGGACGUGUCCAAGGGGGAGGCGGCCAAGCCCAACUCGGGCCAGGGACCGCAAGAGUGCGCCGGAUGCUGCAAAACUAUCACCGAGAGGUACCUCCUCAAAGCUCUGGACCUCUACUGGCACGAGGACUGCCUCAAAUGCGGCUGCUGUGACUGCAGGCUGGGCGAAGUCGGCUCUACUCUCUACACCAAAGCCAAUCUUAUCUUGUGCAAAAGAGACUAUUUAAGACUUUUCGGAAACACUGGCUAUUGUGCGGCCUGCAGCAAAGUUAUACCGGCCUUCGAGAUGGUCAUGAGGGCCAGGAGUAAUGUCUACCACCUAGAGUGCUUCGCAUGCCAGCAAUGCAACCACAGGUUUUGCGUCGGUGAUCGCUUCUACCUUUGCGAAAACAAAAUCCUCUGCGAGUAUGACUACGAGGAGAGGUUGGUUUUCGCCAACAUGGCGUACAACCCACCGCCACUGUCCCAUCUCAAGCGCCAGACGUCCAUUCCGCCGCCCAACAUUCCUAAUCAUCAUUUGAUAAACGGCCACCGGGCACCUCUCCCACCCACCAACGGGGAUCUUAAUAAUAACAUGUCGGGAUCUGGGGGGCAACCGCCCCCAAACUCCAUGGCUAACCAGGCGUUUCAACCAGGACAUCUGAAAAGCAGUCCCAUGUCGUUGGGGGCAACUAGCUGAAGACGAUCCCAGUUAUCGUAAACACUGUGAUUUUGUGUUUUUCGUGUGUAUAUAGUCUUUAAUAAUGCUCAAUCACUGCGUAUACUUUCGGAUAUUCGAUUAAUGUGCAAUAUUUCAUCACUCAAAUUUUGAUGUAAGAUAAAGACAAUCCGCUGAAUAUGUGGUGCAGAUUCUUGGAGGUUUUUGCAAAGAAAUGAAGAAGGUUGUGGUCCGGACGAGAUCUUAAGUCUUGUUAGCGAACUCGACAACUAAUUAAGUGCAGGCUUAGGCGGACUAAGACUUUGUAAACUCGGAAAGUCGCGGUUAAAUGUGCCAUAAAAUAAUGUAGGUGUAUCACUCUGUAUAUGAAUUGGACUGAAGGACUAGUGUGCAACAACCACAAUAUUCUAUACCAGGUAUUCAGUGUCCGCCUUUGUAAUUAGGUUUGAAGUUUGUAAAUAGACAUUGUUAGAAUUAGUAAUUAAUGUUGAUAACGUAUACCAUGAUUAUUGACGCUAGUUGUUUUCAACAUAAAUGUUAAUUACGAUCACUAUUAUUACCGUAUAUGUUAUAAAAUCGUUGCCAUUUUUAUUUAUGUUCAUUGUUUCACACUUAUUUUUAUUCUGAAAUGUAUAAAUCCCUCUGUAAAUAUUGAUAACCGUUACUUUUAAGACUAGGUGCCAAUUUUAGAAUUUUUGUGUACAAAAAAGGAGAAACCCAAACAUUGUCAAAAUGUAUUCAAUUAUUAUACCAAUGAUUUGACCAAAGAAAUAAAUAGA